CCUCCUCUCUGUCGUUAUUUACUUGGUUCGUCAUCGCAUGCGUCAUACUCAUAUCCACUUCCUCCUACCAACUUCGCAGCCAACAAGACGCCGACGGUGGUCCACUCGCCAUCCGCCGCCCAUUCCGCCUCCGUCAACCCCGCUGGCCUCCGCAGUUCGACUCUUUCCUCAUCCCCAUAAUAUUAUCUCUCUCUUAAAGGGGAAAAACAGCUAUGGCUUCUCGUUUCUAGGGGAUCGAGCACAAACCAUCGCUUUCACUCCCACUUGGAUCCUAGCUGGUAAUUCAACUUUCUGGGCUGCUUCCAAUCACCUUAGACUUUAUCAAACCUUGAUUCUCCAUCUCAUUAACAAAUUUCAAAACCAGAAGGCACAUGCCACCGACACUCCCCAUCUCCUCAAGUUACAUUGAUAGGUUUGUGAAACAGCUCUGAGAGUUUUGCUUGGGGAGAAAGAAGAAAAUGGAAAGCCAUCUGAAGGUGGUGAUGGUGAUGGUUAGUGUGGUUCUAAUGGUGUUGGAGAUGAGCCUCAUGGCACAGGCAGCUGUUCCUGUGAGUCUUUUGAAACAGAUUGAUAGAGUAAACAAGAAUGGUCCUUAUUUGGGGAUAGUGGUGCCUAAUUCCUUUGAAUUGAACCCUCUUCUUCAAUCUCCAAACCUUGUGGUUGAUCACACUCUUCCAUCCUUGGAUAUUUCAGGACGACGGUUUCGAUUUGCAAGUGUAAAAGGCAAGAGGGUUAUAGUUGUGCUGACAGGACUAAGCAUGCUUAAUGCAGGAACAACCACACAGCUGCUUCUGACUCUGUUUAGAGUAAAGGGUGUGCUUCAUUAUGGAAUAGCAGGAAAUGCAGAUCCUCAGCUUCAAAUUGGGGAUGUAACCAUUCCUCAAUACUGGGCUCAUACAGGCCUCUGGAAUUGGCAGAGGUUUGGAGAUGGGCCAGAGGAUGAACUUGCAUUAGAGUCCAAUGGAGAUUACACUAGGGCAAUCGGCUUCCUGAAAUUUUCCAACUUCAAUACUGCUGAGACAAAGAACGUGACAUCUGUAGACAACCUUUUGAACAAUGUCUGGUAUCAACCAGAAGAGAUCUUCCCUGUCGAUGGAACUCCUGAAAUCAGACAGCAUGUCUUUUGGAUUCCUGUCGACAAACACUACUUUUUAGCAGCCAAGAAACUUGAGGGAUUGAAGUUGGAAGGGUGUGUGAAUUCAACAGCUUGCUUACCAAGAGUGCCUGUAGCAGUGAGGGUGAAGAGAGGGGUCAGUGCCAAUGUAUUUGUUGAUAAUAAAGCUUACAGAGAGUUCCUGCAAUCAACAUUCAAUGCCACCCCCAUUGACAUGGAAACUGCAGCUGUGGCACUCGUCUGUCUUCAGCAAAAGAUACCCUUCAUUGCAAUCAGAUCACUGUCUGAUUUGGCUGGAGGAGGCUCUUCUUUGUCCAAUGAGGCUGCCACCUUUGCCCCAUUAGCAUCCCAAAACGCUGUCACUGCUCUCAUUGAACUCAUAACUUUACUGUAGUAAAGCAGAACACUAGCAAUCUCUGGAACAAAAUGAUGAUUAUUGGGUUAUGAACAUUCAACAUUCUGUUUUUUUAAUCAAUAGAGUCAAUCAGUUUCUCA